AUGUGCUUUAGCAGUGAUAAUUAGAGCAAUCCAGUAGAGUGCAAAGAAGGUGUAAUGUAACUGUUGUAUGUUUGGAAACAUACGUUUUAACUAUAAUUCAGUCACUUGGAAUUGAAUUUUGAUACUGAGAUAGGAUUUUCAACAUGAUACAGACGAACUGAAGCGUCGAAAGUUUUAAUUUUCUGCCUGCGUCAAGUUGAACAUGGUUUGCAAAGAAGGAGUUGUUAUAUGGUUUAGGGGCCUGCAGGGAGGCGAGCGAAUUGACCUAAUGUGUAGUUUGUUAGACUGUUGUGUACCGCUGGAGCUUCGAUUCCUUGGUACAUAUAUCGAGUUUGCGGCUAGUAAACAUUAUUCGAAUCUGCAGAAAUAUGAGAAAACGGUGAACGAAAGUUCUUUUGGUGAGCUUAGGGACCUUUACGAUGAAAAGAUUAGGCGAAAGUUUCUUAUCUACCUCGCACUUUUGUAUUCUUAUAAUAAAAAAGCUGCUACUGAUAUGUUCAAAUUUUUAGAAGAUUUUGAAUUACCUAGUGAAAAACCAAACUCAAAAGACGAUAAUUUAUCAUUGAAUGGAGUAUCUUGUACUGACGAGGAGACUAGCUUGGACGAAAUCAAGUUGCUGUUGUCGAUGGCCUCCUACCACCCAGCGUUUACGUUUCACCAAAAACAGACCCUCCGGAAUAAACUAGAUUUUCCACAAAAGCCAACUGUGCCGGCAAGCACAGUCCAGCAAAAAGAGACACCUUCUGAAUCAAUAAAGAAAAGUCCACAGAUAUGUUCUAAUCUUAGCGAACUUGUUUAUGUCAGAAAUGACAUUUCAAACCUUUCAUUGUCAAGUGGUAGCCAAUCUGCAACAAGACUGGCAUCACCACUGGAUAAUCGAUUGCCAAACCGGUAUCAAGCCGUUCCCUUUGCUCCUUUAUUCUCGCAAGCACCAGCAAUGCAUAGCACUCCAUUUCAAAGCAUUCCAGUAUGUAAUAUUGGCAGCAUGCACGCAAUACCUGGAUCGAUCACUGUUUACCCGACGAACCCCCAUACUCAAGUAACACCAACUUUACAACCAAUGUUAGUUAAGCCAACAUCAGUUGGUAAAACUGGGGGGUUGGCUCAAGGUCCUAAUGGAGUCAUUCAUACAAUUUACCCAGCACCAGUUUUCGCGAAUCCUAUCCCGACGUCGUCUUCUGUGGUCACGUGUACACCAAGUGAAUACCGGUUUGCUAGCGCACCGAUCCCGGUUCGCCCAACCAGAAUGUACGGACCUGUCAAUCAACCGACCUUCAAUCCAAUCCAACAGCAGCAUCAACAACAGAUGUCUUUUAGCUUUGGCAUGUCACCGUACCAAUCCCCUAUGGACUCCCCGCUGACCUCCCCAUUCACGUCACCCUCGCCAUCUCCAAAGUCAUCCCCUUUGCCAUCUCCUAGAUUAUCACCUUUUCCGUCUCCUGUUGAAAGUCCGAUGUUUCGAAAAAAGUUCGGCGGCGAUCGACUGUCAGGAAGACGGAGCUCAGAUCAAUAUGCGUCGGUAUAUGAUUGGUUAAGGAGCCUUCGUUUACACAAAUAUUCAGAAACGUUUAAAGAUUAUACAUUUGACCAAAUGAAAGAUCUGAAGGAUGAUGACCUUGCCAGACUUGGCCUAACUCAAGGUGCAAGGAAGAAGUUCAGAUUAAACAUCAACGCCCUCAUUGAUAAGGGCUUCAAAGGCUUCGGUAUUCACACAAACAGCCUUUCGGAUUCGACAAAACCAGGGCAGACAAGUAACCAAUUGGAUACAGCCCCUCGAAGAAAAACAUCCAGCACCUCAGAUUCAAAGCCUGCUUCAGAUAGUACAUCAAGUGAUGCGAGAAGGCCAAGCUCAACCAGUACAGGCACGACCCCGAAAGACGCUAGCUACAAAUCAAAUUAUGCCCAAGAAAUGUCAGCAUUAAAAACUACGAGUCUGGAUAAAGACAGUUCUGGAAAGUAUGCCAUGGCGGGAGAAAGUGAUGAUGGAAGUCAAGGCACAUCGGAAAGUUUGGAAGACUUUCUUUCGGAUGACGAGGUUUUUAUGACCCGGCGGCCGACUGUUAUAGAAAAUAAAGACUGCCAAUUUCCCGUUGUUUCAUGUUACAAUUGUGGUUCAAAGGACCAUUUCGGAGAACAGUGCACGAAACAGACAAUGGAAGGCGAGACAUAUCAAAGAUACGGUUAUCGCCUGAAAUAUGAUGACGAGAGACUUAAAGACGAGAGAUGACACCGCAGUGCUCUAAAUAUAAUAUAUAUAAAGAGAACUAUUGUUGUUUUUAUAGGUUUGAAAUUUUUUAGGAUAUUAUCAAUGAUGAGUUUACUGUAGAAAGUGCAGCAAUUCCAAGAAUAGUGAAUAGUAUUUCAAAGUAUAUGAAAUAUGUGAAAAUCUCGUGAAUUUUAGAUAAUGAUAAAAUCUAUAAGCUUUGAAGGCCGGUGAGGAAGAGACUCUGCCUUCUCUGUACUUUCCCAUUUUUCUAUUUAGCUUUCAAUUUUGCAGAUAGAGUUUGACAAGGGAGGCUUCACACAUAUUAGUCGAUUGAUAAAUUUUUGUUUUGUUACGGUAUGCUGGCCUUCAAAUUCCUUGCAUAAAACUAGCAUUCUGAAUUCAGUUAAAGGGUUUUGAACUAAGAUCUUUUGCUGUCGCACCUUUCCAAAUGGUACCCUAAAAUGUCAUGGAUAGGAAUUCCCCAAUCGAUGUCACACAUGCAAAAAACAAGCUUUUAGAGUUUUGAAUAUAGUUGAAAUUCUUUCCAUAGUGUUUGUUAAAUUCCUGGAACACUACCAAGAACAAACACGACAAAUAAACGGAUUGAAAGAAUCUGUACGUAGAAAGAUCUAAGUUUCUAGGGACAACACUCUGUCCCUGGGAAAGUUUUAGGAUAAAAAGGCGACUUUUCAAGACCCAUUUUUCGCAAAGAUUGGAUGAGCUGGUAUAGUUCUUAAAAUUUUUAGAAUUGAGCAUGGAUUAAUGGUCGCCUUUUAGCAGUGCACUGAAAAACGAAAUUUCCCUGACUGUACUGUUAGAAAAAUUUAUUUAUUGUCAAAUUGUCGUAACCCCCUUUAUUUUUAAGCCCCUUUUGUCAAACCUACAAUGCCUGCCAAAAAUACUUGAACACCCAGCAAUUUACGCUGCAUUUGAUAUCUUUCAUUCCUUUCAUGAAAAAAAUUGCUACUUCCACCCCCUUCCCCCUAAAACAAUGUCGAUAAUUUUGAGAAAUAUCAUGAAAGAAGCGCAAAAGAAAGUGCUUCCUAAAAUCCUAACCCGUUUGAUAGUAAACCAACAUUGUUCUGUAGGGGAGAGGGGGAUGGUUGAUUUUGACCUUGGAAAUUGACGUCAGUGUUCCAAGACUUUUGGCAGGCAUUGUAGCUCUAUUCUACAGAUCACUGAAUCCCUGUUUUGAAGCAUACUCUGCCCCCCCCCCCCCUUAAACAAAUUCUUAUGUCCCAGUUUUGUUCUUCUAUGUUCCGUGUCACCGUUUUUGUUCCACCCAUAGGCUCCCAAGGACAUUGAUCUCAAUCGUUUAGAACGGUGACUAGAUUUAUAGUAAGGUGAUAGCUCUUGCUCGUAACAUUGCUGCUCUUGUAAGUGUUUUACAGUUUUAGAUGGAGCUUUUCAUGGACGAUGUAGAUCGUUUUGAUAGGAAGAAAUACGGUUUUAUAAACAUGGUGGUUAAAGUAAUGUGUUUAUUUGUUGGUCUAAAGCUUUAGGGGUGAAUUAGUAUUGGAUAUUUUGCAAUUACCUGCAGUCUUGGUCGUCAGUUCUUUUGCUGGAAAAACUGCAUCCGUUAUGUUCGUAACCUUAGAGAACGUCUUUGAAAAAUAAAAUCUAUUCGAAGCACACUCGUACAAAUGUUUCCAAGUUGUUCUGGUAUUUAGGAUGGUCUCUCUUAUUCUUCAAAACCACAGCUUGCCCUUUUAUGGGUUUCUUUGCAUUCCCAAUUGAAUAUCCAGUUCCCUCUGUUUUAGGAUACUUAUUACAAGCAAAUAUGAGGACACUUAUUCGUUCUAUAGUUAAAGCUUGCAAAAGUAGGGGACAUCGCAGUCCUGCUGCUACUAUGCUAUGUAUCCCCCCUUUCUAGUUAAGAGGAUUCCGGAAAUUUGUGUCAGUUUCACGUAUUACCCCGUACUUGAUAUGUUAAAAUGCAGAAAAUCCCUACAGGACUCAUGACUGUCUUGCAGGAUAGCUUCUCUCCGGCUCGUGUGGCCAAUUAGAAACUUUUUAAUUAUAUUGUACCAUAUGUUCAAUUUAGAAUUGGUGUUUAAAAUUUAUAGAUGUAUUGA